CGGCGGUUCCUAGCACAGGCCAACAGCUGCAGUGUUUGAUGAUUAUAUAAGGGCGACGACAGACUGACCACUCACAAAGCAAACAACCAGCGGUGAACGACCUUUGGAGCUCCGCAUCGAUCUCUGAUUUGCAGACAAUAAAGCAGCUCCAGUGGGUCAUCCGGAGACCAGUCUGUGGUUUCAGGGUCUCCCGCAGCGAGAGAAAAAAUGAAGCGGUCUGGGGCUCUGCUAGUGCUUGUGCUGGCCACAGCGUUUGCUGCAGAAGAAUCGUGUGUGGGUCGCUGUAACAGCUUCAACCCCAGGAACAAGUGCCAGUGUGACUCCUUGUGCCACUAUUACGGUAGCUGCUGUGUGGACUUUGACACUGCCUGCCCUAAAAAGAUUGCCCGUGGUGACACUUUUGAUGCCCCAGAGGAUGUCAUGAAACCCACCCCUAAUGUGGUUCACACUGACUUUGGGAUCACAACCAUUCCCCCGACCAUGAACACAACUGCUGCCCCGACCAUUACUCCGUCUCCAACCACUACCCACGACCCCACCCAUCCCCCCGAUCCAGAGGCAGAGCCCUGCAGUGGGAAGCCCUUUGACGCCUUCCUCCAGCUGAAAAAUGGAUCAAUCUACGCAUUCAGAGGUGAUUAUUUCUUUGAGAUGGACGAGAAAGCAGUUGUCCCCGGAUACCCCAAACUGAUCCAGGAUGUGUGGGGAAUCAGGGGACCUAUAGAUGCUGCCUUCACUCGCAUUAACUGUGAGGGAAAGACCUACAUUUUCAAGGGAAGUAAGUACUGGCGUUUUGAGGAUGAUGUCCUAGAUGAUGACUACCCUCGGGACAUUUCCGUUGGGUUUGAGAAGAUUCCAACUGAUGUUGAUGCAGCAUUUGCUGUACCAGCACCUGGUCACCAUGGCAAAGAGAAGGUUUACUUCUUCAAAGACAACCAGUACUACCAGUACGAGUUCAAGCAUCAGCCAUCCCAUGAGGAGUGUGUGCGCAUGACUAAGUCCACCCCCUCUGUGCUCUUCACACGUUACACCGACCUUUACUGUGGCGAUUCCUGGGAGGAUAUAUUCACAAUGCUCUUCCAAGGCCAGCAUGGACAUAAAAAGGGCCCACAGUUCAUCAACAGGGACUGGGUCGGAAUCAAGUCCCCCAUAGACGCUGCCAUGGUGGGCCGUAUCUACAUCAGUUCUAAACCGACACCCUCUCCCUCCCGACCCCCCACCCCGAGGAGACAAGCCAAUAGGAGGAAGAACAAGAGGCGGGGCCACAGGGGUCAGGCCAGGCAGAGUCGCUCUCUUUUUGAGGAUGUUUUUUACUAUGAUGACUGGAUGGAGCCAUUCGUGUAUGACUACAGUGACUAUAUUACACCAACUUCACAGGACAAGAUGGUACCUGUACAGAAUGUCUACUUUUUCAAGAAAGAUAAAUACUACAGAGUGGAUCUCCAGACCAAAAGCGUUGACUAUGCACACCCUCCUUACCCACGAUCCAUUGCAAAGUACUGGUUGGGCUGCAAACAACAGUCAAUCCAGGCUGAGAAGAAAUAGACAGUAUCAGACAAUAGCUAGGAAGAGGCUGACAGAAGAGGCUGACAUUACUAGCUAAAAUAAAAUAAUAGAUGAAAAGCAAUAGAUAAUUUAGCCAGAGAAUGAUUAUACAUUUUCAAAAUACAGUAAGUUAAGUGCAGGGAAUUAACUUGCUACAGUAGUUAUUCUAGCACUGAGUUUGGGGUUACUUUUUGUUUUGUUUUUCAUGAAAACAUACAUGAAUUUAGUUUGAAUGGGAAGUAUAGCAAAAUGAAUAGGAAAUAUAGUUAUUGACAAGGUUAGAAA